GAGCGCGCCCGGGGAGCGCGGAGGGAGGAGCGAGGGGAGCGCGGGUCAUCGCCGCCCCCGCCCCGCGCCCGCGCCCGCGCCGCCUGCGCGCAACAGUUCCUCUAAAGUUGCAGCUCAGGAGGCGAGCGGCGGGUGGGGGACGUGGCCUCGCGGCCGGCGCGCACAGCCCCAGAGGGCGGCGGCAUGGGCACUCGGCAGACCAAGGGCAGCCUGGCCGAGAGAUCCAGCCCCGGCGCCGCACCCGGCCCCCGCCGCGAACGACCCGACUUCUGGGCGUCGCUGCUGCUGCGCGCCGGGGACAAGGCAGGGCGCGCGGGCGCAGGGCUACCCCCCUACCACCGGCGUGUCGGAAUGGUCCAGGAGCUGCUGCGGAUGAUGCGCCAGGGCCGGCGGGAGGAGGCGGGGACGCUGCUGCAGCACCUGCGCCAGGACCUGGGCAUGGAGUCAACCUCACUGGAUGAUGUGCUGUAUCGCUAUGCCAGCUUCCGGAACCUGGUGGACCCCAUCACACACGACCUCAUCAUCAGCCUGGCACGCUACAUCCACUGCCCCAAGCCGGAAGGUGAUGCACUGGGUGCCAUGGAGAAGCUGUGCCGGCAGCUGACCUAUCACCUUAGCCCCCACUCACAGUGGAGGAGGCAUCGAGGGCUGGUGAAGAGGAAGCCGCAGGCCUGCCUCAAGGCCCUCCUAGCCGGGAACCCCCCAGACAACAUGGUAGAUCUGUCAGGCAUUCCACUGACCUCACGUGAUCUGGAACGGGUAACCAGCUAUCUCCAGCGCUGUGGAGAACAGGUGGACAGUGUGGAGCUGGGCUUCACGGGCCUCACAGACGACAUGGUCCUGCAGCUGCUGCCAGCACUCAGCACCUUGCCUCGCCUCACCACAUUAGCCCUCAAUGGCAACCGGCUGACUCGGGCCCUGCUUCGGGAUCUCACCGACACCCUGAAGGACCCCAGCAAGUUCCCCAAUGUCACAUGGAUUGACCUGGGCAACAAUGUGGACAUCUUCUCAUUGCCCCAGCCCUUCCUGCUCAGCCUACGCAAGCGCUCUCCAAAACAGGGCCAUCUACCAACCAUCCUGGAGCUGGGAGAGGGGCCUGGUAGUGGGGAGGAGGCCAAGGAAGGGACAGCCAGUCAGCAGAACCUUGGAGAAGACCCUAUGAUACCUGCCAAAGACCUUAAAAGCAGGGAGACAACUCAAACGUGACAUGUGUUGCAAGGCACAACAGCUAUGGCAGAUUAGGGGCUCCUCUCAGAAAGCACAGGCUGUUUUGCUAAAGUACAGACAGCCCAACCCACAGAAAGACACUCAUCACCUGGGAAAGGGGACUCUGUACUAAUCCUUGGUCCUUUCUCCCAAGGCCUAGUAUCUGCUCA